AUGAGCAAGGGUAUGGAAAAUGUGGAUACGACUUACAAAAGGUGGCAGUCCACCCCGCAGCAAAUUCAGAUCCUGCUCAACAUCUAUAAUCACGGGAUCAUCAAUACCAAUCGGGACCAGAUCCGGGAAAUUGCAGAACGACUUCGGGUGUACGGGGAAGUCGGAGAGUACAGCGUUUACUGCUGGUUUCAAAACCAUGGAAACCGAAUAAAACACAGACGCUUGCCUCAAGAUGUCUCUGGGACAUCUGGACAUUCCUAUUCUCUCCUACCGGCGUACAUUUAUGAUCCUUCAUGGGUCAUUCCUCAGUUUUCACAGGUUCCACCGACUCCACAACUCUUGGAUCUCUUCCCUAUUCCCCCCAUACGUGAAGAGGAAGCGAUAGUGAUCUACCUCGCGCCAUUCCGCCUCAAGGCACCUUCCACGGUGCUUUCUCUGAGACCGCCAUCACCUUAA